AUGUAUAGAAUUAUCGAUAAAAUCAAGGCGAACAGGACCCAUGAGAUGCAGAAGACAUUGCCCUGUGAUGUAAAAUCUCUGGCCAGUUCUAUCAACAUAGGGGAGGUCCUGGAAGUCACACAGCCCUCUAUCAUCGGACGAGGGAUAUGCCGAGACGAGCCCCUGACGGAUUCCGGUAAGAAGCUGCAGCUGAUUAAGAUGCUGUGUCUCACCGUGUUACCUAUCUUGGGGCUGUGGGCGUACACUGUCUAUACACUGGCUGAUAUCAUCGAGGCAAAAAACGAAAACGAAUCGACAAGACGGGCUUUGGAAUUCAGCGUAGAGUUGGGUAAACUUGUCCACCAUCUGCAGAAGGAGCGCGAUAUGAGUGUGUUGUACCUCAGUGCCUUGGGACCACAGACAAGAACUUUUUUAUUGGCCGAGUACAUCGAGACUGACCAAGCCAUCAGUAAGCUCUCUAGGUGGCCCGGAAACCUGGAUGAACUAGAACGAGAAAAAUUUGACACCCGCGAAAAUUUACAACAGUACCUUUCUCGACGACGUCAAGUUCUAAGUCCAACAAGAUACAGUUUACAAGACGAGAUAGAAUUCUACUCCAGCAUCAUUGAGGUGGUCAUCAUUUGGAUGUACAAUUCUAUCAACGAGUCAAAAUUCGCCUUGGUUUGGAAGACUUUAGUAGCCUACCAGAAACUGACCAGUGCUAAGGAGGCUGUUGGUGUGGAGAGAGCAUUGGGCACCGUGUAUUACGCCAACGGAGGCUUUGAAAAUCAUGCCUAUUUCGAGAUGUACAAUAACAGGGUACAUAACUUUCGAGCGUAUUACAAGACAGCAAGGAGGUAUUCCAAGCGCGUGGUGGACUUGUACACGGUAAACGUGGCGUCUGCCGGCAAUAACGUCACGGAAAUUAUCGACAGUUACAGAUUUGAGAUCCAGCAACACGUCCAAGGCAUCAACAACACGCAGGCAAACCUAGCCAAGGCACGAUGGUGGUUUGACAAUAUGACACUUUAUCUGGACACUUUGCUGGACAUUCAACAAGACCUCGGUAACGAGAUUCUGUUUGUUUUGGACAGCGUAUUGGAGGAUGCUACCAGAGACUUGGCAGUGAGUGCCAUAUUUCUGGUGGUUGUCAUUCUAAUGUGUCCAUUGAUUAUUUUUGUUACGGAAAACCUGACUAGCGUCAUUCAGAAGUAUGCUUUAACGCUCGUUGACAAAACAAAAGAACUCACUUUAGAGAAAAAAGUAACAGACUCGUUGCUAUACCAGAUGGUACCCAAACAGGUAGCUGACAAACUGAAAAAGAGCGUUCACAUUGAUGCCGAAUAUUUUAAAUCUGUGACGAUAUUUUUCUCCGAUAUUUGUGGAUUCGCUACCAUUUCCACCACUUCGUCUCCGAUGGAUAUAGUCCAGCUCCUCAACACUAUAUACGUCACCAUUGACGAUCUUUUAGAUGAUUAUGACGUGUAUAAGGUGGAGACUAUCAACGAUUGUUACAUGGUGGCUUCCGGUUUGCCAAAUAGAAACAAAGACAAGCACGCCGGAGAAAUCGCAACCUUUGCUUUGGACCUCCUGGCUUUGAUGAAACACAAACAAUUUACAAUUCUUGGAGACAGACGAAUAGAGCUAAGAAUCGGUGUAAACUCGGGGCCGUGUAUGGCGGGUAUAGUGGGUUCCAUCCUGCCGCGGUACUGUCUGUUUGGCGACACUGUGAACACAGCUUCCCGGAUGAAAUCUAUCAGUUUACCAAACCGGAUAAACAUCAGUCAGUCUACCUACACAGCUCUGCAUAAAAUUGGCGGGUUUGUCGUACGGAAGCGAGGCACAGUUCUUGUCAAGGGCAAAGGUGAGAUGGUCACAUAUUGGUUGAUCGGAAGGAAAAAGUCAGAAGAAGGGGCAUCGUUCCAUCUCAGCGACACCGAGUCUGUGGAUGAGGUGGAUGCUCCGAAAGAAGAACUACCAGGAGAGAUUACUCAGUUCACAAACCCGCACCUCCGCUCUGCCCUCUCUCUACCACUUCCGGGUCGCCAGGCUGCCAUAACAUUAAACUACUCUCAGCAGCAUGGAAACACACCGCAUGAAAGUUCAUUGAAAACUGAAGAGAAGACAGAGAAGGAGAAAACCAGCCUGAGGGCACUUAUUUCUGAGAAACUUGAUAAAGUCGCUCGCGUGCUGCCAAAUACUUUCCAACUAACAGAAGAAAAUGGAGAGAAGGAAGAAGACAAGUGA